AUGUCGUCUAGUCAGAGAUCACUACUUCUACCCAACGGAAAAGGAAUUCCACGUGGAAAUUUACAGAUUCAAAGUAGCAGAACUGGUAUGCUACACGGUGAUGUGUUAGGCAUUGUAAAAGACAAGAUCAUCGAGGAGCCAAUCAUAAUUUGGAAAUUCUUACAAGAAAAGCUUAUUUCUUUGUCAAAAAAAGAUUUGUUUGCCAAACUAAAAAAUCGCACCUUCCAGCUCGCUUUUUUGAAAUCCUUUUUUCAACUGGGAGACUACAUCUUCAGAUAUGGACUACUACCUUCAACUUUUAUCGACAGCAUUGAGAUCUUCAAGCCUAAAAUUCUGCAGGAGAUGGUCAAGUUGCACAUUGACCUUCUGUUUCUCAAGUAUGGACCACACUUUUUUGUCGCACAAGACUCGGUGGUUCCUCAAAUAGAAUUUUUAACAAACGGCUUGGCUGUGGAGCACUUUCACAGAUCCAUAAAAGGGCCACAGUUGACUCUAGGCUUCACCACAAACGCCGAAACAUUUCGCCAUGCCGAGUUUCUCAAGCAAGCCGAUAGUCUUUCCGCGGCACUGCUUGACGCGCCGGAAAUUGAACAUAUGAACACGAUUUAUAACGCUCCAAUCGCUCAACUGGUACGAAGUCUAGUUAACGAUUUUCGAAUCCCGGACCGGACGGCAGUCCAAAUUCGAAUACAAUUCCAAAUGACAUUUUAUAUUUUGGAGUUUCUUGAUCAAUACUACAAACCAAUCAUGAUGAAAGCACUAGUAUGGCCUAAUAAUUACUCUGAUCUCCAAAAGGAACUCAAAUUCAUGGGUAGUUACUUGAAAUUUUUCCGAAAUCGGGAUCAAUACCCCAGCAAACAACAACUGGUUGGAGAUCAGAGGAAAGGCCCCAAAAAUAAAGUUUAA